UACUAAAAAACUAAAGUAAAUAUGGUACUUGGAAUCGAUAAAAAGUUUGCAUGGGUUCUAUUGCCAAUGCUCGGUUUUGGAAUAGGACAUUAUUUGGACAAAAAAGAAACUGAACGCAUGGUUAGAUUUCGUGAUAAGAGCGCUUUAUAUGGAAGACCAGAUGGUUCUGAUAAGGAGCCAUCAUGGUGAUUAAUAGUAGCAAAAACAAAAACUCAAAUGUUUAAUUUUAGUAGUAAAUUAAAAUAAAAUUUACAGAAAUCUAUCUA